AUGGCAGUUUUGGCCCUCCAGCUGGUGGGUCUGGUGCUGGGCACCGUGGGUUGGAUCGGCUCGGCUAUUGCCACGGGGCUCAUCCAGUGGAGGGUGUGGCGCGUGAGCUCGCCGGAGAUCACCUCGGGGGUCGCCUGGGUCGGCAUCUGGAGGGUCUGCCUCUACAGCCGGCCGCUGGCCACUCCGCCCUUCCAGGGGAUGUCCUGCCGGAGGCUCGUAGCCCUCGACUCCUUCGUCCCGAGCGAGAUUGGCGUUGGGCAGGGCAUGAUGCUGGCAGCUGUGGUCUCGGGAGCCCUGGGCAAAGUGGCCACCAUCUACGGGCUGUGGGACGCAUAUAUCGGUGAGGGGUGCCAGUCCAGGAGGGUGGGGCUGGCUUUCACAGUGGGUGGCGGUUUCCAUCUCCUGGCGUCUCUCUGCGUGCUGGUCCCUGCCGCCUGGAACUUGAACUCGGUGCUGAGUAACCGUACCAUCGCCUUCCCACUUCACUACCACCUGCCACCCUCCGCCAGGAGCCAGGAGCCCGGGGCGGCUCUCUACGUGGCCUUUUUCUCGUCUGCCCUGCUCUCCCUCACCGCUGCCUUCUUGCUGAGUUACAGGCCAUCAGCCUGGCCCUCCAGUGCCAGGGUCCACCCUCUCGCCGAUUACUUCUCCGACUGCUCUAGCUUGGUCUCCAGGGUAACGCCGGGACCAGGGGACAGUUUGUGUGCAAUGAGUGUCUCGGAGCACUCCCUUUCCAGUUAUGGAGCAGACAAUCCAGCUUUCACCCCUGACAGCAACUCUUCGGGAUUGCUGAGGUCCCUGGAAAACACGCGCUAG